AACCGACUUUUCAAAGGAUUUUUUAAGGAGGACAUUUCCGGUGAAGCAGCGGAAACCCUGAUACAAAGUGAUAUAACAACGUUUGAUAUAUAUUUAUAUUUACGUAAGGGGUGGAUGUUUGGUGUUUGUAUAUUUGUUUCGGGUGUAUGAUUUGUAACCGUUAAAAACAUGACGCCAUGACCCGGAAGUAAACACCACAGCCAUCUUGGACGUACACACUGUAGCGAACCAUCCUGAACGACUGACUGAGAGCACCCACUCGUCAAGUUUGUUUUAGUAGUUUAGAAUAUUACAGUACAUUUCCCCAGGGGAGCUGCCUUCAAAGUUCAUGGAGCGGUUGAAAGACAUGGAAACUUUCCGCUGUCAGACGGCGCUUAUCAUGGAGGUGGUGGUGGAGUCGGCCGUCUGUGCCCUCCAGCAGAGCCUAGAAGAGAGACAGCAGACUUUCGGUGGUGAAGAGCUGAAGCCUCAGCUGACCGCCAUCUUGAACAUGAUGGCAAAGGAGGCUGUUCGUAAAAUCUACAGCGUCUUCAAGGAGCUGUGUGUGAGGUUGGUGCAGGAGAAGGAGGCCUUGAAUGGCAAAGUGGAAGAGCUGGAGGCUGAGCUGAGCUCAAACGACAAGCCAAUAUCUGCUAAGAAAACAAAGAAUGGAGCCGCCAUUCUCAACAAAGCCAAAGAAUCCACAGACAAAGCAAGCAGCAGUCCUCAGCUGCCUCUGGUCAUCAUCAGCUCGCCCGUUGUCCGGCCCAGUGAUCCUGUCUCCUCAAUGCAGACACAUCAGUCUGCAAACAACCCACAAUCUGACCAGCUUCUCGAAGUCAACCGGGAUAAAGACCAGUCCUACAGCGUGGCAUCACUUCCGACAACGGAUGAUCAGUUGGCGUGCGAGGCAUUGGGAGACGCUGAAGAAGAAAACUCAGAUGACGCAAUGGAGGAUGCAGAAGAACCAAUUGCAGUGAAUACUGAAGAGCAGAUGGUAGCUCCCAAUCGUCAAGCUGCUGACAGUGGUGUGGACCAGAAGGUGCUGGAGAGGAGGAGGAAGAGGAGGGAGCUGUAUAAGCAGAAAAGGUACUUCUGUGAGCUCUGCAACAAAGGCUACCAUCAGAAGUAUCGGAUGAAGAUGCACGUGUGCCAUCCGGUGAGGCCCUUCCCCUGCACGCUAUGCGAAAAAAGCUUCAACAAAGACAAAACCCUGCAGAAGCACCUGCUGAACCACCAGCUGAAAGACGCCCAGGAGCGAGACCCUGACAAUAUGCUCCCCUGCGACCAGUGCGACAGAAAGUUCAGGCUGCCGCAGCAGCUCAGAACCCACCAGGCCGCCCACCGCCGGAAGAACACACCUUUGCAGUGCGGCACCUGCGAGCGCACAUUCACUUCCCUGGCCAUGCUCCGCUACCACGAAGUGACUCAUGCGGAGGUCAAACCCUUUAAGUGUGAAAUCUGCGAGAAAACCUUCCUCAGGAAGCAGUGCCUCCGUCAGCACCAGAUCGUCCACAUGGACCCGCAACCCUACCCUUGCCCAAUAUGCGGCAAGACAUUCGCCGCCCCCAGCAACCUCAGAGCCCACAAGAGGUCACACUCGGAGAACCGACCCUUCAAGUGCACCGAGUGCGACAAAGCCUUCAAGAACCGCAUGGCUCUGCGGCAGCACCAAAUCGUCCACUCGGGGGAAAAACCCUUCAUUUGUCAGACCUGUGGGGCGAGAUUUGGCCAUAAGGCCAACUUCCACAGACACCUGCGCCUCCACAGUGGAGAAAAACCUUACAGGUGCCAGGUAUGUGGUCAAAGCUUCUUGAGGUCAUGUGCUCUGAAGAACCACAUGGUAGUUCACGGCAUGGUCAAGCCAUUCAUGUGCGACCUCUGUGGGAAGACCUUCUUCUACAAUUGUCUGCUGAAGAAGCACCAGCUGCUGGUCCACGAGAACCCCAUGAAGGGCAUAGAGGGCACAAAGAGUACGAAGGGCACGACGGGCAUAAAAGCAUUCAGCUGCAAGACAUGCAUGAAGAGCUUUAUCAGCAGCGCCACACUGCGUGUUCAUGAGAAGCUCCACGCCAAUACCAAGGAUUUUGUGUGCAAGAUCUGCGGCAAGGGCUUCCACGUGCGCUACCUCUACGACUACCACAUGAGGCAGCACACCGGCGAACGGCCGUACGUCUGCACGGUCUGCCAGAAAGGCUUCAAGCUAUCGGCAGUGCUCAAGCAGCACAUGCAUGUGCACACAGGCGUCAAGCCUUACAAGUGCCAGCACUGCGACAAGGCCUUCUCGUCGUCAGCGAACUGCAGCCGCCACCAACGGGUCCACACGGGAGAGAAGCCUUACGAGUGCAACAUAUGCAACAGGAAGUUCAGACAGCCCAGCCAGCUCAAGUCACACAUGCACACCCACACCGGCAUCAAGCCGUACUCCUGCCAGAGUUGUGGGCGGGGCUUCUCAGAUUCCCGGCAGUUCAAGAAGCACAGCUGCAGUGACGCCCUGCAUAACCCACGCAAGUCUGGAAGCAAAUGUAAGAAACAGAAGAAUGUUUUCCCGUGGAGUGAGGACUUUGUGAACCAAUGAUUUGUCAUCAAAGAACUUCUAUGUGAUAGUUUUUAGUUUGGAGGCACGGUUUGCUUGGUAUCAAGACUGAACACCUGCUGAAGUCAAAAAUGUUUCUUAUAUGCAGGAGUGAAAAUCACAGCCAAUCACAGCCCCGUAGAAGAACAUGUGACAAGGACUGGUCUGCACCGUGUAUGUGGGAAAAUCAAAGCUAUUUCAGUCAUACAAUUACAAAAACUACAAAAUUACAAUUACAAAACUCAAUA